GCGCUCCUGCCGGAGGGCGGAGCUGGGCCUGCUCCAUUGUGGAGAGGAGGGGAAAGGAGGGGAGAGGCGCGCGGGAGUCUUGGUGAGGUUGGGCGGUCGGCGCGCUCGCCUCCAGGCCGCCACGGCUGCACCUGGCAGGCCCCGCAGCCGGGAUGCGGCGGGCGCCAGGGACCAGCGGGCAGCGCAGCGGCUCCCGGGACAUGUGCUCUGGCCCAGAUCGGCCGCGACCAUGAGCCUGACCGCCCGUGUCUCCUGCUCCAUGCUUAGCUGCUUUGGUGAGGAGGGGCCUCCCAGCCUGGAGUACAUCCAAGCCAAGGAUCUGUUCCCCCCCAAGGAACUAGUGAAGGAGGAAGAGAACCUGCAGGUACCCUUCACAGUGCUGCAGGGUGAGGGAGUCGAGUUCCUGGGCCGUGCUGCUGAUGCUCUCAUUGCCAUCUCCAACUACCGGCUGCAUAUCAAGUUCAAGGACUCUGUCAUCAACGUCCCCCUCCGGAUGAUUGACAGUGUGGAGAGCCGUGAUAUGUUCCAGUUGCACAUUGCCUGCAAGGACUCCAAAGUGGUGAGGUGCCACUUCUCCACUUUCAAGCAGUGCCAAGAGUGGCUCUCAAGGUUAAGCCGGGCCACAGCAAGACCCGCCAAGCCUGAGGACCUCUUUGCCUUUGCCUACCACGCCUGGUGCCUGGGGCUGACAGAGGAAGACCAACACACCCACCUGUGUCAGCCAGGAAUGCACAUCCGAUGCUGGCAGGAGUUGGAGCUGGACAGGAUGGGCUUUGACCUGCAGAACGUCUGGAGGGUCUCGCAUAUCAACAGCAACUACAAAUUAUGCCCUAGUUACCCUCAGACGCUGCUGGUUCCUGUGUGGAUCACUGAUAAAGAGCUGGAGAAUGUGGCUUCCUUCCGCUCCUGGAAACGGAUCCCAGUGGUUGUGUAUAGACACCUGCGCAAUGGGGCUGCCAUUGCCCGCUGCAGCCAACCUGAGAUCAGCUGGUGGGGCUGGCGUAAUGCUGAUGAUGAAUACCUGGUCACAUCCAUUGCUAAAGCCUGUGCCCUGGACCCGGGGACAAGGGCUCCUGGGGGCUCCCCCGGCACUGGGAAUAAUGAUGCCAGUGAAGCGUGUGACACUGACUUUGAUUCCUCCCUGACUGCGUGCUCUGGGGUGGAGAGCACAGCGGCCCCUCAGAAGCUGUUGAUCCUGGAUGCGCGAUCCUACACAGCGGCAGUGGCUAACCGGGCCAAGGGUGGAGGUUGUGAGUGUGAAGAGUACUACCCCAAUUGUGAGGUCGUGUUCAUGGGAAUGGCCAACAUCCAUGCUAUCCGCAAUAGCUUCCAGUACCUCCGGGCUGUGUGCAGCCAGAUGCCAGAUCCCAGCAAUUGGCUUUCGGCACUGGAGAGUACCAAAUGGCUGCAGCACUUGUCGGUGAUGCUCAAGGCAGCUGUGCUGGUAGCGAAUACAGUGGACCGGGAAGGUCGACCUGUGCUGGUGCACUGCUCAGAUGGCUGGGAUCGAACGCCCCAAAUUGUAUCCCUGGCCAAAAUACUCCUGGACCCGUAUUAUAGAACUUUGGAGGGCUUUCAGGUGUUGGUAGAGUCUGACUGGCUGGAUUUUGGGCACAAGUUUGGAGAUCGCUGUGGCCACCAGGAGAAUGCAGAGGACCAAAAUGAACAAUGCCCUGUGUUCCUACAGUGGCUCGAUUCUGUUCACCAGUUGCUGAAGCAGUUCCCCUGCCUGUUUGAGUUUAAUGAAGCAUUCCUGGUAAAGCUGGUGCAGCACACAUACUCUUGCCUAUAUGGCACCUUCCUGGCCAACAACCCCUGUGAGCGAGAGAAGCGCAACAUCUACAACCGCACCUGCUCUGUGUGGGCUCUUCUGCGAGCCGGCAACAAGAACUUCCACAACUUCCUCUACACACCAGGCUCAGACGUGGUCCUGCACCCUGUUUGUCACGUCCGGGCCCUGCACCUCUGGACAGCUGUUUACCUUCCAGCAUCAUCUCCAUGCACACUCGGGGAGGAAAACAUGGAUCUUUACCUUUCCCCAGUGGCCCAAAGCCAAGAGUUCUCUGGCCGCUCUCUGGACAGAUUACCUAAAACCAGAUCCAUGGAUGAUCUGCUUUCUGCAUGUGAUACAAGCAGCCCCCUGACCCGCACAUCCAGUGACCCUAACCUGAAUAACCAUUGUCAGGAGGGCCGAGCAGGCCUGGAGACCUGGCAUGGCAGUCCUGAAGGAACAGAGACAACUUGUGUGGAGUCUGCAGCUGGAGGUCCUCGCCAGACUGGAGGAGAUGUGGGCCUUCAUCCCCCUCUGGCCAGCAGCCAGAAAGACUACUUGAACAGUAAACCCUUUAAGAGUCACAAAAGUUGUUCUCUAAACUAUAGACUGCUUACUACCAACCUGCCCUGGGAAAUGAAGAGCAACACCUCUGAUCCUGAGACCAAGUCCCUGGAAAAGACAAAGGCACCUGCUAAGGACCUUCCUGCCAUGGCUGGGGUGGGGAGGACUUUAGAUAACCCUGGAGAGCCAUCUGAACAUUGCCCGAAGGCAGAAAGUGUCAGUGUACUCUCAAAGGUCAUUUCUAGCAAGUGUGAUGGAAUUUGUGAUUCUCCUAAGUCUUCACGGGACUCCCUCAUAGGUGACCCCAAACAGAUCUCACCAGAUUCUGGGCCAAGCAUGAACCCCAAAUGUGAUCCAGGCGCCCUUUGCAACCCAUCAAGUGCUGCCUGCCAAACUCCUGUAGCCCUAAGCACUGAUUCUGGGGCAAGUAUCUCCCAACAGAAACAGCCUAUCUCUGUGCCAGAUCUGGUCCAUACAGAGGAAGACACUGGCAAAAGAGGAAGUAAUAGGAAUGGACAGUUAUUGGAAAAUCCUCGCUUUGGGAAGAUGCCAUUUGAAUUGGCCCGAAAGCCAAUAUCUCAGAGCCAGAUCAGCGAGUUCUCUUUUCUGGGGUCAAACUGGGACAGUUUCCAAGGGAUGGUGACUUCAUUUCCAAGUGGAGAGUCCACCCCUCGGCGGCUGCUUUCCUAUGGCUGUUGCAGCAAGAGGUCAAGCAGUAAGCAGCUGCGGGCAGUGGGGCCCUGCUUCGGUGGCCAGUGGGCCCAGAGAGAAGGUGUGAAGUCACCAGUGUGUUCUGGUCAUUCCAAUGGACACUGUACUGGCCCUGGAGGAAGACACAGCCGAAUGUGGUGGUCUGGUCACCCAAAGCAAGGCCCCAACACAAAGCCUGUUCCACUGAGCUGCCCUUCUCCAGUGCCUCCCCUCUACUUGGAUGAUGACGGACUCCCAUUUCCCACUGAUGUAAUCCAGCACAGGUUACGGCAAAUCGAAGCAGGGUACAAGCAAGAGGUGGAACAGUUACGACGACAGGUGCGCGAGCUUCAGAUGAGGCUAGAUAUCCGUCACUGCUGUGUCCCUCCAGCAGAGCCUCCUGUGGAUUAUGAGGAUGAUUUUACAUGUCUGAAGGAGUCAGACAGCAGCGAUGCAGAAGAUUUUGGUUCUGAUCACAGUGAAGACUGCCUUUCUGAAGCAAGCUGGGAACCUGUUGAUAAGAAAGAGACCGAGGUGACUCGCUGGGUUCCGGACCAUAUGGCAUCCCAUUGCUAUAACUGUGACUGUGAGUUCUGGUUGGCCAAACGAAGACACCAUUGCAGAAAUUGUGGGAAUGUAUUUUGUGGUGAAUGUUGCCACCUGAAGCUGCCCAUUCCUGAUCAACAACUCUAUGACCCAGUUCUCGUCUGUAACUCAUGUCACGAGCACAUUCAGGCAUCUCGUGCCAGGGAACUCAUGAGCCAACAUCUGAAGAAACCCAUUGCUACAGCUUCCAGUUGAAUGCCAGAGAAGAAGACCUGUCCAAUUUUAGCAGGUUUGAAGGGAGGAUUGCCUCAGGCGUAGUUUGGAAGGGGUCCCCUGAUGUGGCUCAUGAAAUCAGAGCUCAGAAAUAGUGUCUUGAGCUAUCUUCCUUGGUACCAUGAGCUGGGGCAGAAGAAUUCCAGUUUGACAGGAGGCCCUGUACUGCUGAGACCCUCACCUUGGGGUAAUGGUCCUGACCCAGACCGGCAGUGUCUGGAAGCUUAACAUUGAGUUGGGGACUUCAGCUUCUUUGUCCCAAGAGUCAUAAGAUGAUGAUUUCAUAGAUACUGCCUGGUGCAAAGUGCCCCAAACAGCAAUAGAAAGGCAUUUGUAUAACCAAACUCCAAGUGAUAAACAGACCCAUUGCUCCUUUACCUUGAGAAAGGCAGAUCCUAGUGUCCAAGACAGGAACUGCUAUCCUCUGAGAUGAACUCUGUCCCAUCCCUCCGUGUCUGUGCAUGAAGGCUCGGUCUUUAGAGGCGCCCCCUCUAGCUGCAUUCGUACUGUCUUUCCAUGGAGUUUGGUUUCAAGACUGGUUCAGCAAGUGAAGGAUUUGAUGUAUUUUUCACUUGGUCCAUCAGCUGGCAUCCAUGACUGUGGUGGAGGGGGACAGUGUUAGGGAGUGAGAUUUAAGGAGAAAACUCCGCUGGUGUUCAGCCUCGGCAAAGGUCAAUUACUGUGAGCUGUGAAGGCAGCCAUCUCUGUUGCCCAGGCGCAGCUCUUGGGCUGUGCUCUGUGAAGAAUGAGAAGGGAAAAACAAAAGUUAUCCUUGUCUGAAAUAUUUACUGAUUGUGCCCUCCCACCGCGCCUGACUUUUCCUGGUUGUCCUGGUGCUAACACAGGAACUACACCAUGAUCCUCUCCUGGCAUGAAACUAAAAAACUAAGGUUUUUGUUGUUCCUGUCUCAUGGCCCAUUUCCCCCAUGUUGUCUUUCCCUUGGCUGCUGCCGCCUCUGGGUCACACUGCUUCUUAUCCUGAACACUUGACACCUUGAGGGUAGAAUUUAGUGUUUGGUUUUUACCUCCUAGAAUAUGCUCUUUGGCAUGUGAGGGUUUCAGUCCAAAUGCUGCUAUUUCUGUGCACUUAACAAUGGAACCCAAAUAGAAGAGAAUGAAACCUCGAUACCAAAAUUGGAAGAGAAAAUGUGUCCAUUUGGACCAAACUUUUUUUUUUGUUUUGAUACAUAUUAUAUAUUUUUUCUUUUUCAUCUUACUAUAUACCAGUGGCUCUUAACCAAAAGACACAGUGAUAUAGCCAUGCACCGUGGUUGGGACAGAUACAGUCUUCUUGGCCUCUAAUGAAACCACUAGCACAUCCUUUAUACAUUUUCCUUAAUUAAUUCGUGUAUAAAAGAUAAAUUACAUUUAAACUUAACCCUGUUUUGAAACUGGUAGUAAGCUUUCUCACCGCUAUUUUCAUGUUGCAUUCUGGGAAAAAAAUUUUUUUUAGUUCUAAAAUAACUAGGAUCUGCAUUUAGAGCAAGAAUCGUUACUUGUCCUGACCUUUUCCUCAGCCCUACAGAGAAGCAUCUGUGCUGUUUUCAUACUUGCCAUGGAUGUAACCUAAAAAGUUGUGGCGUAUUUAGGUCAGCCUGGGAGAAAUUUUUUUCCCCUUCAUUUAAAUGGAGUUGAAUAAUGGAGAUUUUAUGUCUGGGAAAUUUCUUGAGAUCAUUGUAAAAGUAAUCUAUUCCUUGUCUCUGAAACAGAAAAUUUUUUUCCAAUCAUUAAAAUGUACUGCCAGUUGUGAAUGGCUUUUUAAUUGACUUGACUUUCAUUGCACCUCACUCUGCCUGUUUUCAGGGGAGUAGGCUUGGUAACGAGUGGGGAAGCUGUAUCUGUCUACUUUGGGUGGCUGUUUUGAGGGUCUGUUGCAUCAGUGAAUGAACUGCAUGGCCUUGGAGCGAGACUCCGGGCUUUUGGCUCUGAGUCGUUCAUCAAAUACUCCUUUCAGAGCUAUUGUGGGUGUAAGUGACUUGAUGUGGCCAAAAAUCCAAACUGUGCAGUUGCGUUGUGACAAACAUGCAAUGUGCUGUAAAAACUCAAUACAGUUUAAAUAAAAUCUCUAUAUUAGU